GAACUUGAAGAAAUGACCGUUACAGAACUGCGGUGUUGUUUGAGAAGAACGUAUUGAGGAAAAAAGGAGGAGAAGAAGCAUAUCUUGAGGUGAUGCUGCUGCACUGAACAAACAGAUCGACAUGUGGUCCCUCAAAUGACACGAGUUUAACAUUCCUGCUGUCAAACCACAGCUCACUGUACACGUCUAGGAUUUAACAGCUAUAUUUAUUCAACCUUUUCACCCUCUGACUGUUUACAACCUGACUCAUUUCCACAAACUUUCAUCACUUCCGUGCGCCCGGUGCGAGCAGAGAAAUGCUGGAAGUGAACUCUAAUCAGGCUUUAUCCAGAUCUCCUCUGUUGGCUGCUCGGACCGGUCCUGCAGAACACACUCUGCUCUCCAGGCUGCAACACCUGAUCCAGGGAGAGCGAGGCCAAGCUUUAUAAAUGAUAACCACCUUAGAUCUCUGCUGGUUCACAGAAGGAAUAAAGAGAUUGAUCGUGAUCGGUCGGGUCAAUAUUUCAAGCAGAAGGCACUGAAGAACUGGUUUGAGGAUGACUGCGACCAGAUGAUUGGCUGAUUGAUCGGGGCGAUCGACCGACUGACUGUAAGCGAUGGGCCGGAAGCUGGACCUGUCCGGUCUGUCGGACCACGAGGCGGAGCACGUGCUGCAGGUGGUGCAGAGGGACAUGAGGCUGCGCAAGAAGGAGGAGGAGCGACUCAGCGAGCUGAAGCAGGAGCUGGACGAGGAGGGCAGUCGCUGCCUCCUGCUGUCGCGGCAGAGCUGCUUCAACCAGCGCUGCUGCAUCCGCUGCUGCUCGCCCUUCACCUUCCUGCUCAACCCCAAGCGCCGCUGCCGGGACUGCCACUACAAUGUCUGCAAGGCCUGCCGCGUCUACUGCAAGCCGGACAAAGCCUGGCUCUGCUCCGCCUGCCAGAAGAGCAGGCUGCUGAAGACUCAGUCUCUGGAGUGGUUCUACACUAAUGUGAAGAAACGCUUUAAGAGGUUCGGCAGUGCUAAAGUGCUGAAGACCCUCUACAGGAAGCACCUGGCCGAGCACAGCGCUCUCUCAGAGCUGACCGAGGGCAGCGCCUACGAGGAGAGCGUCUGCAAUGAGGGCAGCGUCUGUGGGAGCGACUCGACUUUCUACAGACAAACCGAAGAGCACAGCGUGGCGGAGACGCUCAGUGUGGCCAUGCGGGUGGCGGAGGAGGCCAUAGACGAGGCCAUUUCCAAGGCCGAGUUCGACUCUUCAGAUCAGGAGAAGCAGGAUGAGGCGAACUACCUGCGGGAGCACCGCGGAGAGCUCAUCCAGGAACUGGCCAAAACCAUCGUGCAAAAGAUCAUCAGCAGGAGGAAGACGCUGUCCGAGAUGAGGGCCGACUACGACCACAACUGGACCCUGGAACACAACGCCGACCCGCAUCAGCCUCACCCCUUCGCCGCUGAUCACUCCUCCAGCGUGAAGCACCAGUCCAACCUCUGGAGGUCUCACUCUGCCUUCUCGCUGCUGAACGGCGAGUCCCCGGCGCUGCUGCAGGACUCUCCACGGACGCUGAAGAAGGACGGCGGCGGGGCGGCCAUGACUGCCUGGAAGAGUGUGGACAGGCUGGACAACGCCGGUGUGUCCUCAGUGCUGAAGAGCCCAGACGGGAACUGGAUCGCCCUGCAGAGCGCCCAGCUGUCUCGGCCCGGCCUGCUGACCAAGCGGAAGAGUCUGGUCUACAGCGCCUUGGAGCGGGAGUCCGCCGUCGUCUCGGCCUACGAGGGCCUGGGCUCCGACAGCGAGGCCAAGCCGGAGCCCGACAACUCCUGGGGCGCCGUCCUCCAGGAAAUCCACAAGAAGAUGACGGACUCGAACUUCAAUCAGCCCGACGGCGGCGACGGCGGCGAUGGUGGCGGCGGCGGCGGCGUCCCGUCACCGGCUCUCAGAGGCAGCAGGGACAACCUGCACUCCGACUCCGAGGGCAACUGGAAGCCCAACAAGCCGCUGCAGGGUCUGUUCAAGUGGAAGGUCCCCGCGGAGAUCAGGAAGCCCUCGUCGUCUCGCCGGACCAGCAUCAUCGACGUGAACUUUAACCUGGACGGGGCCUCGGAGGAGCAGCAGGCCGCCACGGGUUCGGAGCCGGAGGCGGGAAAAGCCAGGAGGUCGCGCAAGAAGAGGAGGACGAGAAAGGAGGCCUCCGCUCCAGCCUCUCCUGUCCUGGAUGUCAACAGAAGAGCAGAGGACCGGCCGAUGCAGCCGCCCGACGCCGUCACUCCUGAGACUCUGACCUCCGGAGCCUCCACCCCUGAACCUUCUGGCCCCGAGGGACACUUCCUGGAGGACAGAGUCGAUCGGGCGCAGGAGGAGCCGGCAGGCCCGGCGUCCGAGUUCUCCGCGAGGGAGGACGGCGCCGGGAGCGGCGGGCGGGACGGAGACGGAGGACACGAGAGCAUGGAGGUGGACGGGACCAGAACCGAGGACGAGGACGAGAACGAGCUGGACGAGGAGAUGCGGUACCGGCUGUACCGGCUGGUCGCCCAGUCCAGACUCACGUACUUCUCAUCCACCGACGAGGAGCUGGACCGAGCCGGGCUCAGCGAGGGCGAGUGGGACCGGGACCGGGACGAGGACAUGGAGGAGGACGGUCAGCGGCGCGGCGAGGACGAGCUGGACGGAGCGGGGCUGCAGGACGACGGUUCCCGAGAGGAGGAGGAGGACGAUGAGACGAAGGACGUGGAGCUGGCGGUGAAGGUCUGCAGGCUGGCCAACCAGGCCAACGCCACCGAGUUCUCCUCCACCGAGGACGAGCUGGACAGGGCGGGCCGGGGCCACGAGGCGGAGGACGGCGCCAUCGACGAGGGCUCGCUGUGGACGCUGCAGGCGCAGGAGGCCGUCCAGCUGCGAGACCUGGCCAGUCUGGUCAGCGCCUCGCAGUUCUCCUCCACCGAGGACGAGCUGGACAGGGUGGGGGUGAACGAGGGAGAGGAGCUCUGGGAGGAGGGCUCCAUCGGGAAGAUCGACGUGAGAAUGUUCGACCUGAGCCAAGAAGGCCGGGAGAGCGAGGAGACAGACGUGAAGAGGGACGAGACAGACAUGGAGGGUUGGAGUUCAUCCAGAGAAGGAGAGGAAACAGAGAUGGAGGGAGAACGAGCAGCGACGGCAGGCAGAGAGGAGGAGGAGGAGGAGGAUUCACACCAGAGGACAGUUCAGGAAGAGGAGGAAGACGAGAAGAACAGAGAGAACGAAGACGACGCAGAGUUCGACAGAAUCAUCAGCAGCAUGUUGAUGAUUACUUUAGAGGACAUGCAGGCCGGAGCGACGGCGGAGGGAGGUGGAGGACCUGGAGGAAGAACCAGAGAUCCGGGGGACACGGCUCCAGAUGAGUCCGGAGGAUUCAGAGGAGAAGACGAGUCAGGCGAGGACGGACAGGCGGUGAAGGAUCGGGGAAGAGAAGGAGAAGACGAGACGCCCGAGUCUGGACUCAGGAAGCAGCAGCGGGACGCCGAGCAGAUCCAGGAGGGCGGAGAGGGACAUGCAGAGAAGGAACGACCAACAAGUGUAACUGAAGGAGAGGGAAAAGAAACACUGGAGACGCGUGAAGCCGAGCCGAAGGUCGAUGCGGAUGAAGAGGAAACGAGGCGAGGAGGAGGAGAAACGACGGCAGAGCAGGGAGACGGCAGCAGCUGCUCUCCUGAGGAAGGCUUACUGUCUCCUCAGGAGAUCCAGAACAGGUACUCGGCCGUGUCGCUGCGCAGCAUCACCACCGAGGUGCUGAAGGUUCUGAACGCCACCGAGGAGCUGCUGCAGGGGGUGGAGGGAGGGCCCGACCCCCGACCCGCCGCCGCCUCGCUGCCCCCCGACGCUGACCCCAAGAAACUGGACCAGCAGUUCUCCAGACUGGAAGAAAACGUGUACGUGGCGGCCGGCUCGGUGUUCAGCCUGGAGGCGGAGCUCAGCGACCUGGAGGAGUGCGCCCGAGGAAUCAGCAGCUCCACCUCCAACCUGGAGCUGUCCUUCCUGGAGGAGCAGGUGGCGGCGGCCGCCGCCAAGGUCCAGCAGUCUGAGAUGCAGAUCUGCGACAUCUCAGCCAGAAUCGCUGCACUGAAGAGCGCGGGCCUGAACGUGGACCCACAGACACGCUUCACCAAGAGCAGGAACACUCCGGCCACGCCCGUCACCCUGGACUCUUCGAGACAGCUCCGACGGCGAUUACCCGCCCCGCCAGUGAAAGAAGAUAAAGAAAGCUGAAGGCCGGACCCCGGACCUCCCACUCGGCAGUGCCUUUGCCCCCUUCGCUCCAGUUUCGACUGGUCCACUGAGUCACCGUCUGCCUUACGUCGAUUUGAACUAAAGAUGCCUCGGACAUCGCAGGAUACCAGUUCAGUAAGGUUACCUGGUGUUAAAUGGGAGACAGCGUGGAUCUCAUUCAGACGUUACUUUCUAUGCUGACGACGUUCUUGUUUUCAGAAACUGGUAUCCUCGUUGUCAUAAUGUGGGACAAAGGAAGCACAGAAAACACAAAUAUCAGUAAGAACAGGAAAGUAACACUGAAAUGACAACAGAACAACAAAAUCCUGAAGUUUUGAUGAGAAUAUUUUUUAUAGACAUUUUGUCCAUUAAACCUCUUGAGUAAGAAAAAAAAACUCAUAAACACUGAAAGAACGACAUGCAGAGAUCAAACCCGGUUUUCACUCCAUUAUAGAAUAUGCAGAGAACAUGAGAGCAAAAACAGCGUGACAGGAAAAUGCUGCGACACUGUAUCACGUGUGGAAAUAUUCAAAUAAAAA